GGGAGGUCUGGGCCUUUCUUCCACGGCCCCGUUUCUCGCCAUGGGCCGUUGUUUGACGUCCCGGGCCCGGGGUGGAGGUCCCAGGGGGAUCGAAAACGGUCCGACAGCCCCCCCCCCCCCCGCCGUGAAUCUCUCCGCGCCAGGGGGGGGAGGCGGGCUUGUUCCACCUGGCACGAGUGCCCGUGAAUCUGGCCACGGGGCCACGCUGAAGAUCUCGCAGGCGACUCCCGCGAGCGUGGGGCGCCGCCCACUCUUUGAGGGCACGCGCCGCCGGCGCCUGCCGACUCGCUCACCAAUGUCCUCUCGGCGGUGCGCCCUCCGUAGCCGUUUUGGCGCAAGAGAUAUUCUUGCUCGAGCCACUCUGGCUCGGACGAGUUUCGCUUGGCCAGAGGAAUACGCACACGCAUCACCGAACCUCCCCUCGACGCGCACGCGAUGAUCGCCCAGAAGACGCUCACCCGUUCGUCCCUGUGGAUCCUGCUCCUCGCGCACGGCGUCUUCGGCUCGACCGCCGCGUCGGAGGUUGACACUCAGGGUUGCGAGGGCGCGACCGCCAUGAUGGUCACGAGUGCCGUGGUGGACGCCAUGCUCCUGCAGCUCGACACGAGCGCCGCGCCCCGACAGGAGGCUCCCAGAGCCCCGGGCCCCCGCGCCGAGGCGGACGCGGCCCCGCGCCCUGCUCCCACCGGGCGUGGGCGGAGGGCAGCAGCAGCACCAGACGAGUGGAUUGGUCUCUGGCAGAACAGCAAUUUUUACGGCGGAGUAGAGAUUGAGAUCACUCCGACGACAUGGCGCCCUAUCAACCCAGCAGGGCCAGUCUGGUCCACGUCCACGUAUACUCUGUUGCAGGUAGACGGCACAUCGUGGAGCUUGCGUGAAACGGUAGCAGGCGGUACCAGUUACGAUCACAUCAUUCAGACCGUCAGUGAAAAUGUAAUCCGGGUGAGUUACCCGAGCGGGGCUCUUAGUUGGGAUCUGAGUCGUGUGGGGACGUUGGCGCCUACGCCAGCGCCGACGCCACCACCUACACCAGCUCCGACGCCAGCGCCGACGCCAUCUCCUACACCAGCUCCGACGCCAGCGCCGGCUGGCGCCUCCGCCAGCGCGACGGGGGACCCGCAUUUGCAGAACAUCCACGGUGAGCGGUUCGACUUGAUGAGGCCUGGCAAGGCCGUGCUGAUCCAGAUCCCACGUGGAAAGCCCGCCGAGGCCGCGAUGCUCACCGUGGUGGCAGAUGCGCGCCAGAUGGGCGCACUCUGCGGAGACCUAUAUUUCCUGACGCUCAACAUCACAGGGGCGUGGGCCAACAAGGCGAGGGCCGGCGGGUUCAUCUUCACCGCCGAGGGGGUGCGCGACGAGUCGCUGAGCUGGACGAAGAUCGGCCCUGUGGAGCUCAAAGUCGUACACGGCCGCACGAACCAGGGCAUCAAGUACUUGAACUUGUAUGUGAAGCAUCUGGGACAUGUGGAUGCUGUUGUUGGUGGACUGUUGGGAGAAGACGACCACACCGAUGCUGCGCAGCCUGCCGAGAACUGCCGCAAGGUUGUCUCGUUGGCGAAGGGAACGACUUGGAACACCGACUCCACGGCGAGUGCCACGGCCGUCUCCGAGGCUAUUGCGAGCCUGCCGUAGGCUCCUUCUGAGUGCCCAGUGUUUUGUGUCAAUUGCAGGGCCCAUCGUUCCCUGCUCCCUGUUGCAUUGGUACAUGCUAGGAUUUGCUCUGGUACAUGCUCCUGUCCCUUUUGAGCUGCCCCCCCGAGAAGGAUGUUCGCGACAACUGUGACAUCGCCUUUUUGUAGCUGGUCAGCCCGAAACACGUUGCCGGUCCUCUCGGCGGUGCGCCCAGGGGGGAAGGCAGAG